GGAAAAGAGGUAGAAUUUGGCAUGCUGUUCGUCGGCUUCGUGUUUUUCGUGAUCGACAUUGGCACAGAUAUAAGACUCGCUGUCGAGUAUAAUCGUCAAUGUGAGACUCUUUGGUUUAGAUUAACAUUACUUUUUAUUCUCGCUCCUUACGUUGUCAUCAGCAUCAUGGCUGCCUUUCAAAAAAAAGAACAGACCGGUUGCCAACGACUAAUCGCUUCUCUACAGUGUUUACUUUCUUCCUUAAUUUGGCGUUAUGUUGAAGAGUAUCAACAUUGGAAGCGAAGACAUUGCGAUAACUCCCCGUGUCAAGAGAACUAUGAAGAAUGCAGUUGUGCGAAUUGCGAAAAUUAUCGUAAGGCAAUAAAAGAGUCUAAUGAGUCAGCAUACAACUUUGCUUGGUUACGUUAUGUUGAAACCAUCGCAGAAUCUGCUCCUCAAUGGUGUCUUCAGGUUUCCAUCAUGUUAGUCCGGUGGAAUUUUCCAAGGCUCACCGUGACCUCUGCGGUAUUUUCAUUUUUCUCCUUAGCUCUAAGUAUUACCACUCUCGAGAAAGCGAGAGUAACGAAAGAUGGCCAUAAAUUCAAACUGCUACCUCACACAGUUGUGUUUUUCACUUCUCAAGUGUUUACCUUGCUGUCCCGACUUUCUGCAAUUGUAAUCUUUGCUUACGCGCUGAACGAGUUAGUUGCAAUUUUUCUCGCUAUCCAUUUG